UCCAAAGAACACCACAGUGAGUUCCAAGUUUCUUUCACAUCCACUCUGACAGACACGCAUUCCAAGCCCGUCCUGUAGGAUUCAGGGUGGGUCGUUCCCUUCCCCUCCGACAGCUGUUUUUCCAUCUAGUGUAGUUGGAACAGGAAAACCUGAGGUAUCUCCCACCUCUACACUAAACACAUGGGAUCUGAAUGAGUCCGUCCGUGUGUGUUGCUUCACAGCAGUCUGUUUGGGAUCGUCUGGUCACUCAGUCUGGACAUCAGUUCCUCCUACCUGGUCCACAGACAGGCUAAUAGUUGAUCCUUUAACCGAGGAGUGAAAAGACAGAGCCUAGCCGAGUCCCGGAGACCACAGGUUGCCCUGCCAUCUCCCUGUUACCACCUCCAGCAAGGCAUCGGCCAUGGCUAAAGGCUUCUACAUCAGUAAGAACAUGGGGCUAGCAGGUCUUCUGAUGGGGGCUGUAGCAGUGGUCAUCAUCAUAGCCCUGGCAGCAGUCUACGAUAAAGAAAAGACCAAGAACCAGAAUAAACCUGUGGAUGGUGUGGCCAUGUUGACCACUGCCUCUCCAACCACCUCCUCCAGCCUCUCCACUCCUAAAGACCCCUGGGAACACUACAGACUGCCUGACUCCCUGUCUCCUGUCUCCUACAACAUCACCCUCUGGCCUCGACUGGUUGUCAACGCCUCUACUGGCCUCUUCAUCUUCACAGGACAGUCAGCGGUGUUGUUCCAGUGUAAGAAGGACACAGAUCUGAUCCUCAUCCACGCUAACAAGCUGAACCUGACUCUGCUCAACGGCCACCAUGCUAGACUGACUGGCCUGGAUGGAGCGACUGCUCCCACCGUAAAGACUAGCUGGCUGCAGGUGAAGACGGAUUACUUGGUCAUUCAGCUGAAUGGGAAGCUAACUGCUGGGAAGUCCUAUAGACUUUCCACAGACUUCCAGGGAGAGCUGGCUGAUGACCUGAAAGGAUUCUAUAGGAGUGAAUAUACAGAAGAUGGUGGUAAAAAAGUUGUAGCCACAUCUCAGAUGCAGGCUACGUUCGCCAGGAAAGCCUUCCCCUGCUUUGAUGAACCUGCCAUGAAGGCUGUCUUCCACAUAACACUCAUCCACCAACGAGGAACUGUAGCUCUGUCCAACGGCCGGGACGUUGAGACCGUCAACAGCACCAUAGACGGCACUGAAGUCACCAUGACCAGAUUUGAGCCCACUAAAAGAAUGUCAACAUACCUCCUGGCAUUUAUCGUCAGUGACUUCGAUCAUAUCACUGGAUCGAUAGAGAACAACAAUGUUUUGGCCUCCUUUAUUGUCUUUUCCCCUGUAGACCAGAUAGCUCUGCCUGACUUCAAUGCUGGAGCCAUGGAGAACUGGGGUCUGAUCACCUACAGAGAGACAGCCCUCCUGUACGAUCCAGCCAUCUCCUCUGUUGGAAACAAAGAGAGAGUCUUGACUGUGGUGGCUCACGAACUGGCUCAUAUGUGGUUUGGGAACCUGGUGACUCUGAGAUGGUGGAAUGACCUGUGGCUGAACGAGGGCUUUGCCAGCUACGUGGAGUAUCUAGGAGCUGACUACGCUGAACCCACGUGGAACAUCAAAGAGCAGACCAUCCUGAAUGAUGUCCACAAGGUGUUUGCUGUGGACGCCCUGGCCUCAUCUCAUCCUCUGUCCCGGAAAGAGGAGGAAGUCAACCAGCCCGACGAGAUCAGUGAGAUGUUCAACACCAUCUCCUACAGCAAGGGUGCUGCAGUUCUGAGGAUGCUUUCUGAGUUCCUGACAGAGCCGGUCUUCUCCAGAGGACUUAGUUCCUACCUGAAUGAGUUUGCCUUCAACAACACAGUGUAUUCAGAUCUCUGGGAUCAUCUUCAGAAAGCAGUCCUCACCACUCCAGGGAUGAGUCUACCUCACACAGUGCAUGACAUCAUGAACCGCUGGAUCCUCCAGAUGGGCUUCCCAGUGGUUACCAUAGAUACGGCCACGGGACACAUUACCCAGAAGCACUUCCUCCUGGACCCUGACUCUGUAGUGGACAGACCCUCUCCAUACAAUUACACCUGGUUGGUCCCCAUCAAAUGGAUGAAGGGAGGAGUUGAGAGAGAGCAACACUGGCUUCUUCAGGAAACAGACAGACACCCCCCCAUGACAACAGCAGGAUCUGAGUGGGUUCUGGCCAACCUCAAUGUGUCUGGUUAUUACAGGGUUAACUACGACAUAGACAACUGGGAACGGCUCCUCAACCAGCUCACCACAGACCACACGGUCAUUCCUUUAAUUAACAGAGCUCAAAUAGUGGAUGAUGCCUUCAAUCUGGCCAGGGCCAAGGUGAUCAACACGACAUUAGCUCUGAGGACCACCAGGUACCUGUCUCAGGAGAGAGACUACAUCCCCUGGGAGUCAGCUCUCAGGAAUCUCAACUACUAUAUCCUCAUGUUCGACCGUGGACAGGCAUACGGGGUGCUACAGGGUUACCUGAAGAUGCAGAUCACCCCCCUGUUUGAGUACUUCAGGACCAUAACGGUUGAUUGGACCAGAGUCCCCACUGGACACAACGACCAAUACAACCAGAUCAACGCCAUAUCCUUUGCGUGUCGUAUGGGAGUGGAGCGCUGCAGGGUUCUCACCAGCGAUUGGUUCAGAGAGUGGAUGCUGAACCCAGACCACAACCCGAUUCACCCCAACCUGAAGACAACAGUGUACUGUAACGCUAUCGCAGCAGGAGGGGUGGCGGAAUGGGACUUCGCCUGGCAGAUGUUCAAGAAUGCCACAGUAGCCACAGAGGCUGCCAAGCUGAGGUCCUCCCUGGCCUGUACUAAGGUCCCAUGGCUGCUGAACAGGUAUCUGGAUUAUUCCCUGGAUCCAGCUAAGAUCCGAAAGCAGGACUGCACCUCCACCAUCAACUACAUCGCUGGUAACGUGGUGGGGAUGCCCCUGGCCUGGGACUUCAUCAGGGCUAGGUGGAACUACAUCUAUACAGAAUAUGGUGGUGGAUCCUUCUCAUUCUCUAACCUCAUCAACGGAGUGACCAGGAGAUUCUCUACUGAGUUUGAGCUGAAGCAGCUGAAGCAGUUUAAAGAGGACAAUGCCCGUGUGGGGUUUGGCUCGGGGACGCUGGCUCUGGAGCAGGCUAUUGAGAGGACUACGGCCAACAUCAAAUGGGUGGCGGAGAACCAGGAGCCCGUUAUGAAGUGGUUGGCCAAUGAAUGUACGUGAAAUACCCCCCACUACAGCACCGUGCAACCAGGCCAAUGGUGUUACUGCUUACUGAACCAUCAGGGAUAUACAGACUGUAUUAAACAGACCACGAACAUGGGGCUGUGUGACCCAAAUGGCACCCUAUUCCCUGUAUAGCGUGCUACAUAGGGCUCUGUUUAAAAAGAGUGCACUCCAUAGGGAAAAGGGAGCCAUUUGGGACAGAGAUGUGCUGUAUAAUGAUGAAUGGACCAAAAUCAUGUUGUUACUUGAAUCAUGUGCAUCCAUUUUGGAUUGUCAGUUUUUCAUGUUCUCAUGUUAAUAAAUGUCUGCAAAUAAACGCUCAGUUAAUAUCGUCA